AUGUGGAGUUCCCAGAGUAGGUCCACCGCCAUCAGGAUAGGUGACCCCGGAUACGAUAUAUCAUCCAAAAAGCACGUGUCGUUUGACUCCGGGGACACCAAUAGAGUGAGAAGAAACAGUCCGGCCGUAAUGCGAGUCCGCCAUAAGUUUGCGAAGAAUGUGUCACUAAAUGAGUCCAAUAUAGACAUACUUAUCAAUAACGCUGGGGUCGGGAUGUGUCCCGAAUGGCAGACCAAAGAGGGCUAUGAAAUGACAUUUGGAACCAAUCAUCUUGGUCACUUUCUACUGACUCUCUCACUGUUACCACUGUUGCAAAAGUCACCCAAAGCUAGGAUUAUAACCGUGUCGUCCAAUACACACCGUUUGGCAAAAAUUAAUUUUGAAAACAUAAACCUAAGGAAUGGUGCUUAUAGUGGUAUAUCAGCCUAUGUUCAAAGCAAACUGGCCAAUGUAUUAUUCACACGGGAAUUGGCAAAACGAUUGGGACCAAAUAGUACUGUCCAUACAUAUGUGUUGCAUCCCGGUCCUAUCAAAACCGAUAUGUCUCGCAAUAUGGCGAAUAAAUCACAAAAAGCCAUUUACGAUACAAUGACUUCUAUGCUGUACUUAAGACCAGAAAUGGGAUGUCAGACAACACUGUAUUGCGCUCUCGAGGAAAGGUUGGACAAUGAGUCCGGACUUUAUUACAAUAACUGUCGUCAGGACCCGUUGUGGGCCAACGGAACCGAUGAUAAAAGUGCUGAAAGACUAUGGAAUCUAAGCUGCGAUUGGGUUCAACUCGAAGAUCACCUCAAGAUUUAA